AUGACGGCCGUUUUCACCGCACCGAAUUCCCCGCCCGAACUCUCGGGGUCCAAGUCCUCCAAGUCCUCGUCUUACCGAUCCUCCUCGCGCAUGUCUAGCCCCGACGGGGCCUUUACAGAUGUUGGGAACUUUGAAGAAAUCGGCCUAGAAGAUGAAUCCGUGUCAUAUAUGCAGCCCUCUGUUCCCUAUGGCCGAGCCCCCGGGGUCGCGCGGGCCUCGACAGCGAGGAUGCUGGCCAAGUCGCCGUCCUCGAAUACUCGCGAUUUAAUCUCUAAUUCACCGAGAAGCCCGUACCCAUCACAGGCACGCCCUGGUCCAAAGCUCAUGACUAGCUCGCGUGACUUGCAAACCCCGCGACCGUCCUCGAAGACUCGUCGUAAUCGGUCUGCUUCGCCCCUCCGACCCUCACCGGGCAUCGCCUCGUCUCCUGCAGCAUCAACGCAGACUCUAUCUCCAUCGCCCGCCAAUACUCUAUCUCUUAACCGAAAACCGUCGUGGCAGCGCAAUCGCAAGUCGCUGAAGGAGUUGGAGGAAGAAUACCAUGAUUCAGAUGACGAGCUCCCGGAAGAUGCCAGCUUAUGGAAUAUCCCUAUUUCCCCACGGCCAGCUGAGGACCGUGCCCCGUCUAGAGACCACAGCCCUAACCGGCAGAGCCCUGGGCCUCGGCCUUUCCCUCUAUCGCAUUCAGUCUCUGACGCGUCUGUUGCAACUCCGGCUCAACUAUCGCCUGCUACUUCUCGACCCAAUCGACAGAUGGUCCGAUCUAGCUCGGCUGGUCCCGAACGUGGCCAGAUUUCACCUCGCAACCCUCGCCUUUACUCUUAUAAUAGCAUGAUGUCCGACCUGUCCGAGGAGGCGAAGAACCUUACUCAGGCUCUGGAAUUUCACGCCGACGCGAGUGAUCGAAAGCGUGGAGAUAGCCUCCAGAGUGGAACUUCCUCAUUGAGAUCUAGUGAUGAAUCGAAGCGGGACUCCAAGGCCGCAAUUGAAUUGCCGCCUGUUCAAAAGUCCAAUAUCAUGAUCGACCCGUUGCCAAUUAGCAAAGAGAAGGAAAAGGUUCUUACGCGCACUCGUCCCAGCUGGCUUCCUCCAAAGGACCAGAAGGAGGAAAAGCGGCAUCUCAAGGAGUAUAAGCGAAUGAUGGAACAGUCUCGGGAAGCAGAAAAGCGUAAAGUCGCAAAGGCAGCUUCAGCCAAAUGCGAACGAGAUAACACCCGCGAUACGCUUCAGCAGAUUUGGGAUGACUACGUUUAUCCUAACUGGACAAAAGCCAUUGGUGAAACCCGCACCCGCGAGCUGUGGUGGCGGGGUAUACCAUCACGUAUCCGAGGACCGACCUGGAGUCGUGCCAUUGGGAAUGAGCUGGCUCUGUCUGAUGAAUCGUUCAACAAAGCCCUCAAGCGAGCCAAGGACGCUCGUGCCAAGUCUGAGGGCGACUCGGGCGAAAGCAAUAAAAGAUUGAUGGAGUGGUUUGACAUGAUCCAGAACGAUGUCUCGAAUGCUUUCCCGGAGCUGAACCUCUUCCAAGAAGGUGGCCCGCUGCGGGAAACGCUGGUCGAUGUGCUGGAGGCGUACUCGAUGUAUCGGAGUGAUGUAGGAUACGCGAGAGGUCUUCAUACCAUUGCCGCGCUUCUUGUGCUUCAAUUCCCAACCCCUUCGUCCGCUUUCUGCGCUAUGGCGAAUGCGCUUAACCGACCUCUGCCCGUUGCGUUUAUGACUAUGGACCGCGGGGCGGUUGGACGAACUUACUCGCUGGCGUCCACGACGCUUCGCUACAAAUUCCCACGCCUGGCCACCCAUCUCUAUGACACUCUGCGUCUGUCGGACGAGGAGAUCUUCGGAAACAUGUUCCAGUCGCUUCUCACCAACGGCCUCGACCUAGAGCGUCUCAGCCGUGUUUGGGACUGCUGGGUCUUCGAGGGUGACAGCAUCAUGAUUCGUGCUGCGGUUGCAAUUCUCGGCUGCCUGCAGACGCAACUGUUUGGUUUCACCAAGCCGGACGACCAAAGCCGUCUUGCAGCUAAGAACAUCCUUGCCUGGGGACCACACGACGUGGGAGCCCGACCUAAGGAGCGUCGUAGUGCGCCUGCAGCUCCUGUAGCAGGAUUUGGAGGUGGACUAGCUAGUGCGGGCGAUUACUGGAUCCUGUCAUCUGCCGGCGAUGAGGACGGGUUCAUGACUGAGAUGCGAGAGGCAGGCAAGGUGCGCGCGCAGGCAUCAUAA